AUUUCCUUUUUGCAAGAGUGAGGAUUGACAACAGUUUAUUGUGUUAAAGGGGCUGUCAGUGUUGUGUGUUUCCUAUGAUGGCAAGGUCUUUCCAAACAGGAACUGUUUGCAGUGAUUCCUAAAGACAGUCAGACUCUGGAUUCACCCGCUUUCCUGUGGACAUUUGCUCCAUCACUCAUCCUUCUUAUUUGCACUUUUCCUAUUUGUGUUUUGCUAAAAUCCGGGUCUGGUCUGGUCAUUGUACAACUGCACAGGGCAACGUGGUCCAUAUCCCAGAGCUUUGCAACCUGUAAGAUUUUGAUAAUAUUUCUUCCUUUUUAGCCCCAUCCCCUCUAGGCCCUUGGCAAACCUGCCCUUUCUUAGAGUUGACAGGCAUUUACAAAACUGAAAAACUUCUGUGCUACCUUCUUUGUCCAUCACCGAUGCGCAGAGCCGCCAGGGGCGGAUUCAUUGGAGCAGAGCGAGUAUAGUUGGUCUGGGCCUCGAUUUUCUAAUCCGCUCUGCCAAGGGCGGGUGUCCCGCUGCCCACCCCUGCACUCAGCCUCCCAGCUCUCUCCGGCCCUCGGUGCAGCGGAAGCGCUACCGCCCUCCUGCACGCCUGGCCCCGGUUUGCAGGCGCGGGGGCUGGUGGCGCCCUGAGGAGGCAGCCGCUGCUCGGAGCUCAGGAAGCCAGGGGGGCGCGCCCGGGCCACACGCGCCAGCGGAGCCAGAAAGGGGCUUCCCACGCGGCGCCAUUGUCCCGGAGGAUGCACAAGUUCCAGUCCUUUCCAAAAAUAAAAUUAAAUCAAUGAUUAAAUUACUCAAUCACCGGAUCCAAGUUCUGCACCAGAAGAAUAUGAUGCAUGAACAUAAACUUUCAGAAAAACAAAAUGAAGUGUUAAGUGCGCCCGUGAAUAUAACAAAUGUAAAAGGGUCAUCUGUAAAAACGCUGUUAUUACCAAGUGGAGUGCAGAUUGAUGUACAGGAGAUGCCAUCAUCUAACAGCGAUGCAGCUCACGUUUCUAACACUUCUUCAAUGCUGAUUAUUAACAAGCUGCAGAAGAUUUUCCCAAAUAUAUUUUUAGAAACUCAGACAAAAUAUAAGCAAGUGGGUAAUGAAAAAAACGAAGAGGGUAAAAAAAAAAGGUGGUUGUAUCCUGAUUUGGAGCAAGAUACUGGUAAUAACAAAAACAGAUUGACAAGAACUAAUAUUACCAUAAGAUUCCAUUCCAAAGAUAAUUCAAGCCAAACUCAGAUUGAUAUUUAUAAUUUAAAACAUUCAAGAGCGAAUCCUGAGGUGCAUAUUGUUGCCAGCAAUAUUGUUGACCAACAAAAUAAAAUAAACUCAGUAGUAGUACAAGAUGAUGUUUUGCAAGUGACUGUAAACAAUUCACUGGUUAAGAAAAUACAGGAUAAUAAAAAAGUAAGAAGAAAAAGUUUUGCAGAAAUUGAGGCUGGAAAUGUGGAAAGAAACUCCACAGAUAGCAACAGGAAAAAACUUCUUAUAGAAGAUGUGACAACCAAUAGUAUGGAAAAAGCAACUAGUCGUGCAGCAUUUUCUGAAGAAAUUUAUCCAACACAAAGCAAACCAACAGAUGUUCCUGAAUCAGCUACUUAUCCAUGGCGUCAGUUGAACCAUAUUUUAAAGACACUGGAAGAUCAAAUGAGUGUUCAAAGAUAUGAUUUCCAAGGUAUAAAAGGAAGCCAUUCUCAAGUGCCAGUGAGAAUGCUGAAGAAUGUAUUACAGGACUUACAGAAAGAAUAUAAAACACAGAUGCCUUUGUCAAGUAAUGAGAUUAUGAAUUCUUCAGUCAUGGAAAACAUUCUUCAAAAUUUAAAAAACCAUAAAGAGAAGUCAGAAUCCAGGGUCAAGGAAAACAAGACACAGACCCCUUUUCAGGGACAUAGUCGCAGUCUACAAGUCUCUGAUGAAAAUAUAGAACAAUCCACACCUAUGCCAGAGCCUACAAGUGUCAGAGCAAAGACAAACAUGAAGAAUGCCCAACGAUAUGAAUUUUUUAAAGAGCAUGAAGGUAUUCAUGACAAGAAAAAAGCAAAAGCUGCAGAUCUUAAAGGCCUUCUAAAGCACAUUAUCAUAGCCUGUGUAGCCGUUACUGGUUUGAUAUUGGCUGUAAUAGUGUUCAUGCACAUAUUUACUUCGAUAUUUGUGAAGAACAAACAGGAACCGGUAAUAACUAAUACAUACAACAUUUACAAAAGAGAAGACCUGACAAAAGAUAAAGCCAAAACAAUCCCAGAAAUAGAUUGCAAAGGACUGAAAGAAGACACUACUGUAGUGAAAAAUCAUUCUGAACACAGUAACUGGAAUCAACUACCAGUUCAUUUAUCAACAGAGGAAUCUAAAAAACAGGGUAAAGAUUUAGAACCUUCAGAAAAACAACCAGGGCAUAAUCCUACCUCCAUGAACUCACCAUCAAAACGGACUGAUGAAAAAAAUAUUAUUCCAUUAGCUUCAAAAUGUAAACACUCUUCACAAAUGCCCCCUGCCAACUGUUCAUCUUCAGAAAUAAAAACAUGCAAGAACCACAAACCUAGAACUUUAAAAACAAAUCAGUGUUGUCACAAAUCAAGACACUGUUAUACAAACCCAAAAGAACAUGGUUAUAAAAGACUAAAGGAUAAAGAUCUUGCUCUUCAUAGAAAGCAUUUAAACCAUCAACGAUCGUCUAGGCAUGACAAACAUAGAUCAAGAUUUAAAAAAUGUCAUGCAACUCAUUCAAAUUGUUCAUUUCAAGAUGGAUGUUAUAGUAACUCAAGUCCUUCUGAUGAUUCUUCAUCAGAUGUAUACAAGUCAGAAAUAUCCCAACAUGAUGGUUCAAAGUGUACAUGUUCUCAGCACAGAAUGGGUUCUUGUAGCUCUGAUUCAUAUUUUGAUUAGAGCAUUAGUAGCAUUCAAAAGAGUAAAUGUGAACAUUCUACAUGAUCAGAGAAAUCCAGCAUCAUGUAGUAUCAGUCAUUUUACCAUGUGUGAUCAUGACAGUCCUAUAGGUUCUGGAGGUUGCUUUCUUUUGUAAUCAUGCUAAUAAAUACAUAUUUUUAUAUUAGGCUCCAGUACUUCCAAGUUUUGCUUGCUAAUGACAUACAUUGUUAAUCUAACAAACAUUUUCUUUAUAUGUUUGAGUUUUCACAAUGCAGUAUUAAUACUAUAAAUGACGUGCACAGAAAAAACUCAUACUGAAUGUGAAUCUAUCAAGCCUUUUGUCUCAGUUCCUUCAACCAUAGUGAUCAUCCUCUAUAGGGUGAGGAAUAUGAAGAGUUCAGUUUAUGGAAACCUGCAUUCUAACAAAAGUAAAUCCUUUACCCAGAACUGGUCCAGUUCUAACUAAGCAAGAAUAAAGGGUUGCUAAAUAUUACAAGACACUUACCCCUGUCCCAACACCAGAAUUGUAAACGAGAGAGAAAGAGAAAGUAUGAGCAUUAUGAAGGGCUUUAUUCAGCAAAUCACCUUUGCAGGUGCUAAACAUUAAGCAUGAAUGGUUCCACUAAUGUCAAGUGGACUGCUCAAGUGCUUUGCUGAAUCAGGGCCUAAAUAAAGAAGCAUUUUAAAGGAUGAAAGUUUAAUCAUGCACAACAAAUGUUCACAUUAAAUAUUAGAACAGAAUCAAUUUAAACUGCUCUGAAGAGGACAACAUUUUCAAACUUGUGCAUAAAUCUGUGUAGUAUUCUUAGUGCAAAGAAACAAUUGAAUGUUUACUUAAAUACAUAAAACAUAUAGCAUUAGACUUUCAAAAGCUUUCUGUGUUAACCUAACUGCGAUCUAACUGAAGUAUAAAUUAGGCUUGUGCUCUGAGUGCUUUCACAUCCCCUACUCCUUGCUUAUGCAUUACUCUGAACCAGUGCCACUGAUAAUAAUCAAGAUUUGUGUUAAUCUUUUGGAUGAAACAAAGCAUAAAUGUCGGCUCAAAAUACAGUUGGCUGAUAAUGAGGAUUCUGAACAAAAACUCCAAACUUAACCUUGGUAUGAUAUAUAAUAAAACUGUACAUAAUAAAGUUACACAUUAUCUACACACAUGUACUUUUACCAUUUUCUAAAAACUAUCGUUAUUAAGAAUAUAGGCAGCUAUUUUAGGGCCUGUAUGCCCUAAUCCUUAGAAGACUAGCACACAUACAAUCUUAAGUAUGAGUAUACCUUCUCAAAGUUAAGCAUUUGUGUCACUCUUUGCAGAAUCAGAGUCUUACUGGCUUAGGACCCAAUUCAGGAUAGCACUUAAUCAUGUCUUUAAAGAUAAAUAUAUACUUAAGUGCCACUGACAUGUUUAAGUGC